AUGAUAAUAUUUGAGCUUAUAAAUCUGAAAGGGCACUUUAUGGUAAAAGCAAGUAUGAAGGAUUUUGAUAUUUUUGAACAACAGUUUAUUGAACUUCUUGGAGAAUUUCAGUCAAUUAGUACUUCUGAAACUCGUCUUCGAGAAGCAGUGAGGACAGAGUCCACAAGAGCUGAAGCUGCGGAGGCCGCGCGUGAGAGCGCCGUGCGAGCGGCCUCAGAGGCCAGGAGCAGCGCCGCAGCAGCCGCAGCCAGCGCCACGCAGGCCGCUGCUGCUUUGGCAAAGGCACAAGAUGACUUGACUGGACUUAAAAUGCAGUUGGAACUCGUCGAGCGUCAAAGAACUCUGUUAGAAGAGCGGUGCACGGAGAUCACAACUCAAGUCGGGUGUUUGGAGAGGGAGUUGCAGCAGCUGCGGCCGCUGCAGUCAGCACACGCCGCGCUGCAGCGGCAGUAUGUGGAGCUGCAGGAAAGGAUCUGUUCAGCCACUGAAGAAGCUCGCAAGGAAUCAUCUCGCCUGGAAGCAGAGCUUCGCCGAGUGGAGCGCUGCGCAAGUGGCGGCUCUGAGAUACGUGAGCGAGCACGGCUCGCGGCCGCCGCGCAUGCUCGCGAACGGAAGCUCGCGGCCGCCGAGCUGCAGCACGCUACGAGGGAACUGCGCCAGGCUAAUGCUGAAAUAGCGCGACUUGGAGCUCUCGUUGCCGAGUUGCAGCUGCGUGCAACACACACAACCGAAUCCAAGCCGUGUAUUGACGAAUCGGAGACGGUUUUGGAACUCCGAGCAGCUUUAGAGGCAGAACGAGCGGGUACUUCACGCCUGGAGAUCGCACUGGCGUCCGCGUUGUCUGAUAACGCAGCUCUGGCCGCUAGCAUGCACGCAAGUGAUAACACUCCUACUAAAACACAAAGGUCUGCGGGAUCUACACCGCCAAUGGGCUCGUCUGCUAUUUGCCCGAUUGACUCGUUCCUUGCUGAUUAAUUAAUUUACUUUAUGAACAUUAAGGUUAUUACAAUUCGUUAUUAUCAUAAUAUUUUAGACAAAAUA